UGCCGUAGUUCGCUGUUAUUCUUUUUCGAUGCAGAAAGCGAAACCUAGAACAAAAUAGAAGAGAGAGAAUUGCAUUUUUGCUUAUUGUAUUGCGUAUUAAUUCGCAAAGAACGAUUGCCGACAAGAAAGUAAAAGUGAAUUUAAAGUUUCUCGUUUCUCAAUUAUUUACGGAUUUUAAAAAAGAAAACGCCAUCUUUGCGCAAACUAUAACGCAAGGAAAACAAGCUUUCGUAUUAAAAUUUCAUGUAAUCAACCAUAACUUUCCGAUAAUAUACCUUACAUACAUAUGUACAUACACACUACGAAACUCCUUGGCGACGACCACAUAUUGCGACUACGAUAAAAGUUAUCAACUAUAUAUUGUAACGUUUCCUCCGCAUCAACAACGGUGUGUGGAAAGAGAAAAAAUUGAAAAAUUGGAAGAAAAAUUGCAGCUGCAACGGUAGCGCUCGGGAAGAAGGAGACACAACGGUAAAAAUGAGUUCCUACUCACACGCGGAUCCCAUCGCGCUCAGCUUUAACGAGACUUGCCUGCGUAUGAGCGAUGUACAAUUACUGCAGGGACCACACUGGUUGAAUGACCAAAUACUUUCAUUCUACUACGAAUAUCUCGAAAAACUGAAAUACAAAAAUAACCCAGAUUUAUUGUUUGUCGCACCAGAGGUAACACAAUGCAUGAAACUGAUGGACGAUGGUGAAUUGGAAACUGUACUCAAUCAGUUGGAGGCGCCACGAAAACCAUUUAUUUUCUUUGCACUCAACGAUAACGAAACCACCCAAGCAGGUGGCACUCACUGGUCACUCCUAGUUUUUUCACGACCGGAAAAGACUUUCUUCCAUUUUGAUUCGUGGGGCAAUAAUAAUUCAAUAGCAUCACACCAAUUCGUACAACGAAUCAAGGAUGCGUUGAAUUGUCGCCAAUGCCAUAUGAAACCAAUACGUUGCCUGCAACAGGCAAAUGGAUACGACUGUGGAAUACAUGUAAUAUGCAUGACAGACAAUAUAGCCGACUAUGUUAAUCGGUACGAGUGUGUGGAAGGUGUGGAACCGCUGCAUCAGGAUACGAUCAGCGCUAAACGAUCAGAACUUCUGAAAUUGAUCCAAUCGUUAGGAGGAAAAAUUUAAAAAAUAACUGCCUAUAAAAAAAUAACUGCUUAUUGACGAUAAAACAGCAGAGAGCUUUACGCCAGGCAGAACGCAAGAAAGAUAAUUUGUUAGUUAGCGGCUUUUCCGGGGAUUGAAUAAAGAAAAUGACGAAAAAUGUCCGCAAGUAAUUUACUUUUUUUUAGGAAAGCACAGGGAUAGAUAAUAGAAAAUAAGACAUACGGAAUAAAUAUCUUCUGCGUUAAAAUUGAAAUUACAUCAAAAUGAAAUUGGAGUUUUGGCUCGCUUGAAAUUUGGUUUGUUUAAUACUAAGUUUAUUACAUUAAAUGAUUUUGGGGAAAAUCUAUUAGCUUUUAAAGAUGUGUAAAUUUUUUUUUCCACUAAAAAACGAAUAUCCUUUUGAAAAGGUAUUAAUGCUGGGCGAUUCUCAUUUACAGAGCACCCAGGAAUCGAAACUAAAAUAUAAUAAGUAUAUAUAUAUACACGUAAAAAAGGCAUGUGAAACAAAAACAAUUUGUCCCCCUAGUGUUAGGACCCAUUAGCUUUAGUUUUUCCAAUGACUUUAAUGAAGUACCGCUUAGUUCCUGAUGCUAUUAAUUCCUUUAACAGUUGCGUAUUGCAUAUGUUUAUUUAUUUAUGCUUAUCAGCAAACACACACACAUACUCGAAAUAUAUAAGUAUUGUGUUUUUUUUGUCAGUUAUCCAA